AUGAUCACUGAAGGAGGUGAAGAACAUACGCAGUCUACCCAAGCCGCCACCCAAACGCAGCCCGCCUCGCAACCUGCAUUCAAUCCUAUAGACGAGCACCUCUGGGGCUGCCUUAUACCUUGCAGCAACACCCUCCGACGCAUCGACUUUAACAAGAACAAAAAGCUUUAUACCGUCGGCCGCAAUCCCACGGAUAACAACAUCGUUCUUCCCGCCAAGAAGAUCAGUAAUCACCAUUGUCGAAUCUCAUGGGACGAGAAAGAGACACAUUCUGCUGCCAUUGUGGUAGAGGAUCUCUCGAGCAACGGAACAUUCAUCAACGGAAACCUGAUAGGCAGAGGCCUUCGCCACAUCAUAUACGAUGGCAACGAAAUUUCGUUCGGGUCCUCUUCGAUGCAGCCUGCAAAGAACCCGGCCGAAGACUUCCGAUUCGUAUUCAGACAUAUGGCGGGCGGCAUUCCCACUUCUGGCAUGAACGCAUUCUAUCAGUUGCACACGGAACUGGGUAGAGGAUGCUUCGCCACAGUCUGGAAGGCUAUCCAUCGUCCUACUGGCGCGUGGUACGCCAUCAAGACGAUGCAACGGAAGCAGCUGCGCCAGAACUCUGUGUUGAACGCAGGAGACGAUGCAAAAUACGACCGCGAGAUCAGCAUCCUAGAAUCGCUCGAUCACCCAAACAUCUGCAAGAUGAAGGAAGUGUUCUUCGAGGAGUACACGAUCAAUCUGGUCUUGGAGUACGUUACUGGUGGCGAUCUGCUCGACUACAUCGUUACGCGACAAAGACUGAGCGAGCAGAUAUCUAAGCAUUUCGCGUACCAGUUGUGUGAUGCGCUUGCGUACAUCCACAGCAAAGGCAUCGCGCAUCGCGAUCUAAAGCCUGAGAACGUUCUCCUGACAGACAGUCCACUCCCGAAUGUGAAGGUCGCAGACUUUGGCCUCGCGAAGGUCGCGAACACGUACUCUGACCUGAGGACGAUGUGUGGCACUCCCGCGUACCUUGCACCUGAGGUUGUCCUGCAGGAGAACGAGAACGGAUACGACCUCGUCGUCGACAGCUGGAGCAUGGGCGUGAUCGUCUUCUGCAUGCUUACGGGCCAGAGCGCUUUCCCGGACGACAACGAAGGCCACCUGCGCGACCGUGUCAUGCGGCGAGAAGUCGACUGGAUCACAUUCCGAGAGUGUUGCUCGAGCGAGCUCGCGGAGAGGUUCAUCCGUCGCCUCGUGGAGAGAGAUCCCGCACGACGCAUGACCGCCGCAGCCGCCCUCGAGCACCCCUGGCUCGAGCUCGAGCGCAUCGUCGCGAGACACCAACAUCGCGAGAGGACCGCCUCCCCGAAGCCUGUCAUUGCCGACGACGCCUCCAUGCACACCGUCACCGCCAACGACGACGACAACGACAAAGCACAGGACGAGCCGAUGGAGGAGGAGACGUUCGAGGUCACGGGAUCGCAGUUCGGCGACAUCCCCGGCGCUUAUCCGCACAGCCAGCCGCUGCAGCGGCGCGCGCUGAUCCUCUCGCAACAAGAGGAGGCGCUUCCGAAGGAGCCCAUCGGAGAGCCUAUACCGGGCGUGGAUGUGCUUGCGGCGGUCCCGGAGGAGGACAGCGACGGAGCGUCUGAGGCGACGGUCCCGUUCGCGCCCCCAAGGGGCGCGAGGUACACGGCUGUGCGCCAGCACGAGGUGGGCGAUGAGGGCGCGGCUGAACGCUUGAAGCGGGCAAAGGUGGAUCGAAAGAAGGUGGAGGCGAGUGCGUCGAUGAGCCCGAGGGGUGUACGCAGGUCUGCGAGGCUGCAUGCUUCGCCGGCCAAGACGAGCCGCCGAUGA